GCAACGAAGUCGACCCAAAGGCAAGACUGAGAUUGAAUUGUGGGAUAAUUGAGUAUUUUGGGGUGCACGAGUGUAAACAAACGAGAAAAUGGCGGCACUUCCAACCCGAAUUCGACAAAACAUUCGGGAUCAUUUUACAUCCUCUACUUCCCCACUGGUUGUGAAGACCACAGCUUUGACAAGCACUCUUGGUUACCCAAUCUCCAUUGACCCAGAAUGGAGCAUGUUGUGGAAGACGUUCCAGGUUCAUUACUCAGACUCUACAACCUUUGUGCCUAAUAUUACAACGGUGAUAUUGGCUUGGUGUGAUUCUUUCCUCCAAUGGCUCGAGAGCGAGAGUGAAGAAAAUGUGGAUAACUUGCUCGAGCUCUUACAGGCCCGAUCAAAGGUAGAGAUAGUACUUGAGGUCUCACCGACGUCGAAACGUCCAUCAACAACGUGGCAGAAAAGGAAAUGCUGCUUUAUCAUAGCACUGCCAAAUGCAAAACUACCGCAGCACCAUACAGCAAUGGCUGGGUUCUCUACCGACUUCUUGAACCUGUUGAAUGAAUCUCCACUCCAUCAGGCUGCAAGCGUUCCUGGGAAUGUCCCCGCAUUGCCCACUGACCCGGACGACUGGGCAGAUCUUGAUCUUGGAUCUCCAGAGAGCCAGAUAGCUCCACAUGCUCACAUUGAGACGAGAUUGGCCAUGACCCGAGCAGAAAUGGAGGAUAUGAUGCCGGAAACCUCGACGAUUCCGAGACCAGAAGAUCUCGCUCGUCGACCACCGUAUUGGUUAGUGGUGAGGCAAGAAGGCAGGAUGAAUGUAACAAUUCAGGGGAGCCAUGCACCUAGCUUGGCGUGUCUCGACGAGUACUUGAGAAGGUGGUGUAGGGGUGAUACUUCGAGAGUAAAUAGGCCUCCAGCGGUGGAGAUAAAACUUCAAGAGUCUGCAUUUGGACUAGGACUUCUGCAUGAUACGCUGACUCUCGAGGCCGCCAGAGGGAGAGAAGUGAAUGCUAUGCUGGUCCUUGCAUUUGUUGAAAAUGUACUUGGCUAUUAUCCUAUCCCAUCGAGUGGCUCAGCGGGAUCUGUUUGGGAGUUCAAAAGGACAAAGGGAUUCAAAUAGACACUCCAUUUUAACACCACUUAGUGUUAUAGAUAGACAAUUAAAAGUAGGACUGCUCUCCCAAGAAGCCCUCGUGAUAUGAUAUUCGUAUAGGCCAUUCAAAAGUGCUCAAAUUAAUGCGUAUGACGAAUAAAGCAAGUAACUUUGACGCAACACGAUAUCUGGCCGUCAAGAAGUGCCAUUUGAAGCGUAAAUAGUAUAUAAUCGAUCGUUGCGGUUCUCAGAGUAAUUUGAUGUAAAUAGGGAGGAAG